UCCCUUCUGUUUUCCCUCCAUCUUCUUCGUCAUGAGCCUUCUCGGUUUCGUGAGACCAAGCCCUAAUCCUAGCGGUGGCGGUGGGAACCGCACCAUUGACCUUGGAAAUGGCAGUGAGGUCUUCUAUGUCCCUCGCUUUCUCUCGCCUGAUCGCUCUUGGGAGUGGUUUCAUUAUCUCGACAAAGAGAUCCCGUGGACACGGCCUUUGAUUCACGUUUUUGGGAGAUCUUGCGUCCAGCCCAGAGAUGUAUGCUAUGUUGCAAGCAAAGGUCUUUCUGAUUUGCAAUACAGUGGAUACCAACCUCAUGCAUAUUCAUGGGAUGACUAUCCUGUUCUUAAAGACAUAUUGGAGGCAGUACAUGAAGCCCUCCCAGGAAGUAAAUUUAACAGCCUGCUACUAAACAGAUAUAAAACUGGAUCAGAUUAUGUAAGUUGGCAUUCUGAUGACGAGAAGUUAUAUGGACCAGCUCCUGAAAUCGCAUCGGUUUCUUUUGGAUGUGAGCGCGAGUUCCUGUUGAAAAAGAAACCAACAAAAAAAUCUGUCUGGAUUUCCAGCAAAAAUGCAAGAUGCUGCACAUUCAGAACCACCACCGGCAAGCAAGAGACACAAGAGCAGUCACACAGAGCAGCAUGCUUUUGUUCUAAAACACGGUUCAAUGUUGGUAAUGAGGGGAUACACACAGAGGGAUUGGCUACACUCUGUGCCGAAGCGUUCAAAGGCGAACUCUGUUAGGAUUAACCUCACCUUCAGGCAAGUAAUGGUAUGAAAAUUUAUAUUAGUUUUUCUUUUCUAUGUUACUUAAGUUCUUGAACUGCCAACUUUAGUGUGUGGAUUCUUACUUGCACUGAUCCAGCAGAUCAUAUUGAUAAUGGAUCAAAGUAUCACGUGAUGAUAUAUAAUUAUUAAUUUAUA